UCAGAAGCUGUUAAUCAUUCAGCUGUGAUACAGAGAAGAGAAAACUUUUGUCAGAAGAAGCAGCGGAAAAGAGGGUUCAUCUCAAGUCACACCAGCAUGGCUGGGCAACAGACUGAGGAUGCAAGAAGGGACAAGCAGCAAAGAAAUGGUCUCACUGGAACCAUCAAGAAAUUCAACAUGGAGGUUUUAACUUGGCACUUCGCAAAGACGUUGGCUAUGGGUCAGAGCCUCGCUGGACUGAUUUGUGGCACAGCCAUCACCUCGCAGUAUCUGGCCACACACUUCCAUGUCAACACACCUAUGCUGCAGAGCCUCCUGAACUACUCCCUUUUAUGCAUCACCUACACCACCAUGCUGCUGUGCAGAAGAGGGGAUGGAAAUAUUUUGCAGAUUCUAAAGGACCGGUGGUGGAAGUACCUCCUGCUGGGGCUGGUGGACGUGGAGGCCAACUAUGCUGUGGUGAAAGCAUAUCAGUACACCACGCUCACGAGUAUCCAGCUGCUGGACUGCUUUGUGAUCCCUGUUCUGAUGAUCCUGUCCUGGUGUGUUCUAAAGACCCGCUACAGACGGGUUCACUUUGUAGCUGUCUGCAUCUGUCUGCUUGGGGUUGGAGCCAUGGUGGGAGCUGAUCUCUUGGCUGGGAGAGACCAGGGAUCAGUGUCGAAUGUCUUAUUCGGUGAUGGUUUAGUGCUGCUCAGUGCCACUCUGUACGCAGUGUCAAACGUGUGUCAGGAAUACACGGUGAAGAAUCGGAACAGAGUGGAGUUUCUGGGCAUGGUCAGUCUGAUCGGGACACUUAUCAGCUCCAUACAGACGGUUAUCCUGGAACAUCAUGAAAUUGCUGCCAUCCAGUGGAGCUGGCAAGUUGGUCUGCUGUUCUCUGGCUAUGCCGUGUGCAUGUACACAUUUUACAGCUGUAUGCCCAUUGUGAUAAAGCUCAGUAGUGCCACCUCGGUCAAUCUCUCCUUACUCACUGCUGAUCUCUUCAGCCUCUUCUGUGGCCUCUUCCUCUUCCAAUACAAGUUCUCCAAACUCUACCUGGUCUCUCUGGUGGCCAUCCUCAUCGGCUUUGUCACCUUCAACUCUGUGCCCACUCAACCUACAGAUGGCGCUCCCUCCACCUCCUCCAUCUGUGAGGAAGGAGGACACCACAAUCCUGUGACCAGUUAUGAUGACAUCAUCAACCAGACGGUGACCGUAGGAAUCACUUCUGUUGAUAAAGAAGAGGAGCACCAGCGGGAUGAAGAAGAUGUGGAAGAAAAGAGGAGCAAGAUGAGGAGAGUGUCAGGUUCCCUGCAGACCUUUGGACCAGAUGUUCGUGCUGCUGUAUGUAGCACUAAAAUGUGA